AUGCUCGCCUUAGCAGGUGCCCGGGCUGACGCUCUUAAACCACUGGAAGCCAAUAUCCACCCUGCGCCCUGGGCUCACAACACAGCAGCACCCACUGCAACCAGCCACCCCUAUGUACGACAUGCUGCAGAAUUUGCACGACCCCACGCACACGCACACGUACACGCACACACACACGCACAUACACAUGUACACGCACACACACACGCACACACACACGCGCAAGCAUACGUACGCACGCAGGGACAUGCACAACACCUACAUGCAGACGAGCUUUCGGAUGACUCUGGGCGUUCGGCGGAUAUUGUGGAGCUGCCCUCGGACCACGUAAUAAGUGAGCAAGAGACGGAGGACGAUGGUAGCCAUGGCAACCGGUCUGCGGGUACCCAUGGCAACGCUUCUGGGGAAGGUCAGGGCGACCGACGGGGUAGUUUGAAGUUGUCUCCGCUCGACGCGAAGCGUACUCGGUUGCGCAGUGUGAGCUCAUGUAGUGAUCAUAGUAUCAAAAGUCUGAAAGAGAAAGAGAAAGAGAUACAUAACGGACAUGAGUCAUUUGCCGAGAACGCCCUACCAAACUCUCAUCCAAUCCAAAUCCCGGGAUUCGAUGUGGCUCGAACGAUCAGAUCACAACCCAAUACCGACCACCAACCAACCAGAACGCAAAGUUAUGGUACAUCUCCACCAAUCAAAUCGCUAGUAAACGACAACUCACGAUCUAAGAGUUCGCUAGGAAACUAUAUCAAACCCAGUCCAUUGGCCAUUGGCCGUAAUUCUGUACCGGGUGCCAAUACAGGUACAACUGACGGUACAACUAUCGGUACGCACAACGGUGAGGAUGAGAGCACGAAUGACGGUAUGGACAAUGGCACAGAUAGUGAUACGAAUACCAGAACACAGCCUACGCCACCCAUAGCGAUUUCACAUAAGAAGCAGCCGAGUAUUGGUAAGGCGCAGUUCUCGUUCGACGAAGACGUGUUUGGCUCCAGUAUUGAUGAGGACAGGGGUGACAGUUUCCAUGGCAACCAUCCGUCUGCACACCACCCAGACCCGCACGCAUACCUGCAUCACUGUGUGGAGGCACACACGAGCCAAUUCAUAAGUGCACAGAUAUCGGACUCUAUUGACAUGCAUGGGAAUACAUACCAAGCUGCUGCGGUACAUAUGCCCCACUGCAUAGAAGCCCAUUCAGGGUCGUCGAGUGACAGUCCGGACAGUGUGUACAACCUUGAUACAGGCCUGGAAAGGGCACAUACACCCCAGUUUAUGGAUGCACAUGUAUCAACCGACAGCGUGUUUAGAGACGAUGCGGCAAGUGUGGAUGCGGCUUUGGCGUUCUUCGACAACGAUGAUAGGCCGAGUUUCGGUAGAUAUCGGGAACGUCUGAGUACUGCCCAUAGACAGUCUGACGCCGAGAUUGACAUGUGGAUGUCACAGGCGAAGGUGGUCGCCUUGCCAUCAGUUGAACACUUGCCAGAAAAAGUAUCGCGAAAUGCCCCAACACUAAUCCAGACGUCGAAAAAGGCGGGCUCAAUGUCCUCGGAUUAUAUGUCUCAGUGUAGUACAGAUAGCGACAGCCAAGGCUCCAAUGACGAAACGUCUACUAACCUACCGUUCCACAGUGUAAUCGGUUAUAAUCUUUUUCAGACAGACCACACAACGAACACAGCGGGUAGCACACGCACGCACAUACACACAGAGAAUGAGACAUACCCGCUCACAUUGAAAGGGGCAAAUACACACACACAUACCACGGACGAUCUACAGUCAAACGGGGCAUGUGAUAGGCUCACCCAGUCGACUAGAAGCAUCAGUAGCAGUAGUAGUAGUAGCAGUAAUGCGAGCGAUUCGAGCGACAGCACUACGAGCAGCGAGAGUGAGAGUGAGAGUGAGAGUGAAAACGAGAGUGGUGAUCAAUCAAAAAGCUCCGAUAUAGGUGAAAUCCAAUUGGAUCACUCCGAUGAAGAAGUCGUUGGUACGGACAAGGAAGUGCGUCUAAGUGGAGUUGAGCAUAUGGUCUACGAUGAGAGGGGAAGAAUAGAGAAAACUACUGUCGGCGCGACGGAGGGCGAGAGCCAAUCAAAUUUAGUGAAAGAUAAAUCAAUUUUUAGAAUGCUAUUGGUAGACACGGCCGAUAGUGAAGAGACAAGCAGUGACUCCAGCACUGACGGGGAUGAAGGCGAAGUACACAAAGCGAGUGCGACCGAUGACAAAACAACACACCAACAAGCAACCGGUAACCUGAGUAAAUAUGAUGCGGCGAUGAGUACGGAAAUAGAUUUAACUAUCAGCCAAUCACUUGGUCGCACCGGUCCAGAGGAAGGCGGUGCAACUAGGAGCUUUUGUAGAGCCGAAUUGAAAUCCAGCUAUAGCACAACUCCAAAUCGCAGCCAUUCAAAUACUGGUUUUAGUGAAAUAAGUAUGGGCUUGAGCAGCAGCGGAUCAGAAGACAACGACGAGGAUCGCAUAGUACAGGGUGGGUGGAGUAGUUCUGAUAACGAUACCAAUAUCACCGAUACCUAUGGCGGGAAUGCAGGGGAACCGUCGAGUGGCGCCGAAGACAGUGACGACGACGUAGUAUUUAGUGACGCCGUAUCGAUACACACCAGGGGUUACCAUGGUAGCUAUGACGACGGGGGCGAGAGGAGUAUUGGUACCCAUGGAGAUGAUGACCGGAGUGAUACGUCGGAUCUGGAGAUCUUAUUUGCAAAUAUGUCUUCAAAUGUGGAUGUGUUGGCGGAUUUGAAUAUUCCGACGGCAUUGCAACACAAUGAGGAAUCUGUGCCGAACUCUAACAUCAG